GUAAGUGCUCUCCUCACUUUUCUGUUUAUAUUUUUUGAAUCUACCUACAUUUUCUACUGCAAAUGGCAUCUUUACCUUCGCCAAGUCUGUCUGUAGCCACGGUGAAGAGAAUUUUGGAAGAAUGGAGGUUUUCUUCUCCCAAGGAACGUUUGUCCCUUGUUUUUUACUUCCGAUGCUUCUACGACUUCAUCCAGAAGGAUACCUGCCUGAAAUCCCAACUUAUCAUCGAUGCCAAGAAUUACUUGGAAGGGGAAAAUAUUCGCACCAGGGCAAUGAGCAAUUUUUGCCAGGCUAUUUUGUGGAACCAUGAAAAACUGGAUAUUGAGAGGCCUAUCAUGUAUGUUGCCGUUCGAGGAACAACCGAAGCUGAGAAUGAGAUCCUGUUCCAACUCAGGUCGAUGAUGCCUCGUGAGUGUCUGCAAGUUCUGCGACAGUUCCCAAAUUACCGCCAUUUAGCAAAAAGCCAUCCACUUCUGCGUUCCCUUCUGAUGAGGCAUGCCUUCUAUUCUACCUCCGAGGGUGAUACAGAAUUACACGACUUUUCUAUUAAGCUGCAUGAAGAAUUUAAGGCUCAUGAUAUGUGGAUGAAUCCCGGCCUUCUAUUUAAACAUUUGAGGUCUUUGAAAACUGAAGAUCUGCUAUUGGAUAUUGCCUGCAAUGAAUAUCAUUUGAGCCUUAUUGCCACUUGUAAGCUGACUGUUUUCCGCGUAAUGCGGUGCUUUACUGAAAAUUUUCCAAGUUUCAAUGCCUUGAGUAACAUUCUCAGCUUACAGCUUGGAGAAGAUAGAUGUGAUAAGUAUUUAGAGCGAAUUUAUUACAGUCGUAACAACAAUUUUUGAAUUUCGACUUGUAUUCUAAAUUUCUGUGAUAUUUAUAAUGAUGUACCUGUUUAUUAUGUGAUGUUUUAUAUUGUUUAUAAUAAAUUUUCAGUGACUACAUUC